AUGGGUCCUCCGUUGCGUCCGAUGAAGCACAUUGAUCGAAAAUAUCUCUACACGAAUCUCGAAACCCGGAUCCAGUACCUCCACUCAUUCCUAGACUUCAGUUCAAGGGAUAUUGAGGCACUCAUAUCAGGAGCCAAGUACAUCAAGGCCCUCAUUCCGGCCCUAGUCAACAUCGUCUACCACAAGCUUCUCCAAUACGACAUCACAGCCCGCGCAUUCGAGACGCGGAGUACAAGCUAUGAGGGGCCCGUCGACCCGAACCUGAGCGACAACAGUCCCCAGAUCAUGCAUCGCAAGAUGUUCUUGCGGGCGUAUCUGAACAAGCUUUGUUCCGACCCCAGCGAGAUGGAGUUCUGGUACUAUCUGGACAAAGUCGGCAUGAUGCACGUGGGUCAAGGGCGGAAGCACCCGUUGCAUAUCGAAUACGUCCACAUCGGAGUCUGCCUGUCGUUCAUCCAGGACACUCUCACCGAGGCGCUCCUCGGCCAUCCAAGGCUCAAGAUGGACAGGAAGAUUGCGCUCGUAAAGGCGCUGGGCAAGGUGAUUUGGAUACAGAACGACCUGUUUGCCAAGUGGUACGUUCGAGACGGAGACGAAUUCGCGGAGGAAAGUGAGGCGCCUGAGGUCGAGAAGGAGGGCUACCUGUUUGGGAAGAAGAUCUUGGAUGAUGUGGAAGAAGAACCGUCAGAUGCUGACAAUGGUGGUUCUUGUCCCUUCUCGGGUAUCACGAAGGGCAUGAGCGCCGUUAGCGUUGAAGGUGGCACAGAAGAACCAGCGUCGGGUGCAGGCCAAGAUGAGACGACGAGGACGGCGGGAUCUACGGAAGAGCUUCAUGGUGAGAAACCCGCCUGA